AUGUCUGAGUACCCAGAGCCAUCUCAGUACUUACUGGGUCCUGAAGAGUCCGGCAGUCGGGCCACUUUUAAUAUGGGGCCCCAUGGGGACGCCUCGGAGAGCCCCGAGGACUUCCAGGCGGAGGCCAAACGACCUAGAGCUUGUGAACCCUGUCGCCAGUUAAAGGUCCGAUGUGAUCCCGACCCAUUACAUCCGGAUGGCUCUUGUAAACGAUGUGCCAAAUCUCAUCGACCAUGUGUCGUCACCGCGCCGACGCGCAAGCGCCAGAAGAAAACCGAUAGUCGUGUCUCCGAGCUUGAACGCAAAAUUGAUGCAUUGACGGCGACAUUGCAGGCGUCACAGGGUAACCAGUUCCCCAUGGCUCCACCCGUGCAACCUCCCGAGACCUCCACUGCGCGCCGGUGGUUACGCGAGGAUUCCAAUGUUAUCGGUCGUAAAAGGAGUCGUGAAGGACUUUUAAGGCCUCAAGAUUCUCCUGAUUUGAAUCAAAGCCCAUAUCCAGAAGAUCAAAAGCAACCUGCCGCGAAAUCCUGGCGUCGAGCUGGCGAGACAGGCCCACCAAGGCCCGUUACCCAAAACACUGGUCCCGAUGUGAUCGACAGAGGGAUAGUCAGCGCUGAAAUGGCCAGUGCAGCUUUUGAUCGGUAUGUGAAUGACAUGUCGCUCGAGUUGCCCAUAGUUGUUUUCCCUCCGGGCACAACAAUGGACGAUGUGCGCCGUGAAAAGCCCGCUUUGUUCCUUGCGAUUGCCGCCAUUGCAUCUGGGCCAUUUAGCAGGGAAGUUCAAGACGCACUUCUCGACGAGAUGUACCGAUACAUCGCGGAUAGUAUUGUGGUCAAGGGCCGUAAGAGUCUUGAUCUUGUUCAAGCCUUGUUGGUCUCCUGCAUCUGGUACAUGCCACCAGACAACCUGGAAGAGCUCAAGUUCUACCAACUGAUUGGUAUGGCCGUGACCUUGGCUAUGGAUAUGGGGCUCAACCGUCGCUCCAAUGGAGACUUAAGACCCCUUCAUCAAGUGCGAGAAGUUGUGACUCGAGAUGCAACGAGAGGACCCAUGGACCUAGAUGGACCAGAGGUGAGACGGACGUGGAUGGGAUGUUAUUUUUUGGCGAUUCAGGUCGCAACAGCACUGAGACGUAUGCAGACGGUUAAAUGGCAACCGUAUAUGGAUGAGUCAAUUCGAAUCCUAGAAACUCACCCGGAUGCAUUACCAUCCGACCACAAGCUGGUUUGGUGGGCGAAGCUUGGGUUCAUUAUGGAGGAAGCUGGGUCGCAGUUGACCAGCGAGGAUCCGAAGUCUGUGAUCUUAUUUACAGACAGCAAAACCCGAUUCACAAUUAAAGCCUUUGCGAAUCAGCUAGCGCAGUUUAGAAGAGACAUUCCAGAGGAAUAUUGGACAGUACCCUUGGCCCAUACGCACUAUACGAUCAAUCUUUUCGUGCACGAAUCCGUCAUGGGAAUUGACUGUAGAGACAGCAUGAUCCCCAAUUUGCCUCUGAAUGAAGAUCCCGAUUUGCCACCCUCAGCAGUUGCCCCGUUUAUCGAUGCACUGACGACCUGUAUUCGUUCGAUCCAUCAAACUUUCGACGUAAUCAUCAACACCAGCAUAGAUCAGAUGAUAUGUCUACCGACUGUGGCUGUCGCUCGAACGGCUUACGCGAUUGUCAGUCUCAUUAAGAUUUAUUCGCUGCUCACAGCUCAGGAAUCGCGCAUUGGCCAGGUAAUCGACAUGCAAAGUCUACACAUAGAUUACUACUUGGAUAAGAUUAUUAGUCACUAUGGUGCUGCCGCAGUUUUGGACGGUGGCCGUGCUGUGGCUAAGUUUGGCAAUAUUAUUACAAUGCUACGCAACUGGUUUCUCAAGAAGAGAGACAAAGGCAGUGAACUGCGGGAACUGUUUGGCGCCGAGCUGCGAUCAGAUACCCCGACUGAGAAACCGUCGUUCAAAACGGGAGCUACGCAUGUGGAAAUUCUCAGUGAUCUCGCCAUGGACGACCCCAGUCGAAUACAUCACAGCCCACUAACUCAUCUCGUACGCCCUGUCCAAAGCACCAAUUGUUCUACACCAAGCCCGAACCAAGAAACGAAUACAAGCGCCACUAAUACCCCCGCAAACUCCAAUUAUAGCCUAGAGCAGCCACGCAGAACGGGCAGCUCAGCGAGUAAAAAUUCCGAUACAAACAUACGACAACCUACGCCAACAUGGUCCUCGACAUCUCCAUUUUCACACCCUAUACCAAUGUCUCAACACCCAAAUAUGGGGAACAAUAAUCUCUACCAAUCCUACCAACCUGCCACAACUGACUCGUCACAUCAGCAAUACUCGCUUAUGCAGGCGCCGACAUCGAUGGGGCCGUACUCCAAUAUGCCUGGCGUAUCAAUGCCGCCACAGCCACCAAUGGGGAUGUACCCUAAUGUUGGGAUGCCCCCGGGUAUGCCUCCUUUUGACCAAGAUCAGUUAUUGGGAAGCAUGUUAGAUGAUAGCUUGCUUUCAUUCCCAUUUCCCUUUGAAGGCAACUUCCAGUUUUAG